AUGUCUUUCCGUUUGGAACGACAACACACCGAAGAUAACAAAGAAAUGAAGCUUGAAGAGAACAAACAUGCCGAUUUCGAUUUCACCAAUAAAAAUACCACCAAGAAGAGUGAAACCGACAGCAAGAGCCAGCAUAAUAAGGACAACGACAGCAGCCAGAAUGCGGUGCAGAGAAUCACUAUACCAGAAGACGCCGCAGCUUACAUUGCUGCCAAACGUAAAGGCAGUCUAGAGGUAUCGCUGGCUGGACCGACCAAGGAUAGCAGCAAGGUAUCUGCCUCUGCUUCUAUUGUCGGCGAGGCAGGGACGGUGGAUGAGGAAUCCCCCGGGUGUGCGCACCCUGCAUUUGAGUUAUACUGGAUAAAAGAGCAUCUUUUGCGGCGGAAGAAAAGCCUAGAUGGCUGCUGUGACGAGGUCCCCGAAUACGAAGUUGUGCGGUACUUCGACUGCGACGCGAAUCCGAAGUACCAGCAUGUACAUCCUGGGACGGUGACAGUGCAGGGAUACGGAAUAGAGCUGUGGGACUACGAGCGGACACACGGCUCUGGACUAAGGGAUGUGGAGAAGAAUUAUUUUUAUCACAUUGGUGAGCUCCCAGAGCCAGGCGCUAAAGAACUCAUCAGACGGCUGAAUGAGCUGCGGAACGAAGAUGAGGGAAGAGCGCUGGGCGAGAAUCUGGACUACGACGAGGCAGACCUUGAAGAGUUUGUAGGGGAUUCCGCACUUGCAAUUGCAGACGGGGAGAGGAGCAUUGAUGCGAUGUUGUAUGUGUGUCUUGCUGUGCUGAAUCGGGAGGACACGUUCAAGAAUCUCGCCACGCGGUUUACCAUUGCGCAGGAGUGGACUCAUUUACAGGGGGAAGGCAUAUUGGGGAUAAUGGGCUUCUUCUGGCAGAUGGUAAUCACGGGUGAGAUUGCGAGGCGUUUGGACAGGAGCAGCGCGCCGAUAAAAGAGCAGAGCCAGAUGGAUGGGAUGUCGCUCCAGGUGGUUGCGUCGCUGAUUGUGUACGACUUGUGGAUACGGAAUGUCGAUUUGAAGAUUAGCGACGAACUGCCGAUGCCACCGGCCAAGGAUGUCUCAUCCGAGGAGCGUAUAGAGGCAGAAGUGUUGCUUCGAAUGGCUGAAAAGUUCAUGGCAGACACCCGGCCGGACGUAGCUGCAGAAUCCCUCGAAGAGGCUGUAGCUAUUGAUCCUGCCAACGUCGAAUAUCGGCGCAGAAGAUGCCGUGCGCUCCAUAAGACGGCCGAGCUCGACGCGCUUAUAGGAGAUGAGGAGGACUCGGAGAUGCGGUAUGCCGAACUUACAGUGGAGGCCAAAUACUUGACUCAGUAUGCCCCCGAUGACUGGCAAGCGUGGGAACUCCUGGCCGAAGCACAGACGGGGCGUGGAGCACUGAAGAAGGGACUGAAAGCCUAUGAACAGGCCCAGUCUGUUGCAACAAGUGAGGAGGACAAGAAGUGCCUGGGCAGCAAGAUCGUCGAAGCGCGAGUUGCCCUCGUGGAAGAGUUCCUCGACUCGGUACGGCUGGAAGACAAGGUAGAACAGCACGAAGCUCUGAGGGGUAUAAGAGACUGGGAAUAUGACUUUGUAGGCGGAAUUAUGAGAUUCCAUUCUAACGUACAUGGACGUCAAGAGCAAGGGCUGGUAGCGUUUGCAAAGGGCAUCGAAUGGCCGCAUGUUGAUGAAGCUACACAAAGGAUUGGGAGCGUCUACGACUGUCUUUACACUGGUGGCGAAAGCAACUUGCCGGCCAACAUUCACGACUGGUUGUAUGGUCUGGUGCUACCGGGGAGGUUCUUUGCGUACAAUUUGAUGGCCUGCUUGGCCAUAUGUACCCCUUCUCUGUCCCUCGGUGUCCCGCCGAGUGCCAGUCAUGGUCUGAUUCUGGGGGAUAUCUCAUAUUGGCCCAUACAGACCGGGAUGGGCCGCGUCUUGGGUGGCAUCUCGGGCAUAGGAUCACUGGCUGGCUGGAUAGGGCCCUGCUAUUCCGUCACGCUUGAUGUAGAAACGGAGGCUGAGAGUGAUAGAACGACGAGGUGGGUGUUUGUAGGUGGAGAGCGUGUGGACCCAGGGCUGCAGAGAAGCGGCGAAAUGCUGGAAUCGUUCGACAACGAUGGCACAGCUUCUUAUAUAGUCGAGAUCAAGGAGCCCGCGAAAUGGACGACGCCUGAGCCUCCAGUCCGAGAUACCAGCCAGUACAACCUGAAAGCCGUCUACCUGAAGCCCGCCGAAGAGGGUCAAAAAGCCGAAUUUACUGCGAGAAUGAUAUUCGAAGUGAAUAAACCGACACCAGUUGAGGUCCCUUUACAGGCUACCCCAGUUUUCGUCGUGCCUCCCCCGUGUCAGCCAUCUGAUCCCACAGGGCACCCUAUCCAUGACCAUGAGCUGGGAAUAAACCCAGGGGAGAGCUGGACUCCAGACAGACUUUUAGACGACGAUGUGUUCGACAAUGCUCGUACCGCCGAUGUACUUGUUAUCAAUGCCACCGGUAAAGGGGCUGAGGUUAUGGCUCGUGCAGUAUGUGCUUUCCGUGGGAUGAAUGCAGUGACUCGGAUAUGUGGAGGUCCUUGCUUUGCGUGUACUUUGAAGUCGGCGCGGUCGUUGAAGAUUAACACUGUGAUUUGGUGCGAUUGA